GCUGCCGCCGCCAUGACCACGCCGCUGUCCACCCGCGCGGGCGGCGGGCCUUCCACGCCGCUGUCGCCCACACGCCUGUCCCGGCUGCAGGAGAAGGAGGAGCUGCGGGAACUCAAUGAUCGCCUGGCGCACUACAUCGACCGUGUCCGCGCGCUUGAGCUCGAGAACGACCGGUUGCUGCUCAAGAUCUCGGAGAAGGAGGAGGUGACCACACGCGAGGUCAGUGGGAUCAAGGCACUGUAUGAAUCGGAGCUGGCAGACGCUCGCCGAGUUCUGGACGAGACGGCCCGGGAGCGCGCGCGGCUGCAGAUUGAGAUUGGGAAACUGAGAGCUGAGCUGGAGGAGGCCAACAAGAGUGCCAAGAAACGGGAGGGAGAUCUCACAGUGGCCCAGGGCCGCGUCAAGGACCUCGAGUCCCUGUUCCACCGCAGUGAGGCGGAGCUGACCGCAGCUCUUAGUGACAAGCGUAACCUUGAGAAUGAGGUGGCCGAGUUGCGGGCUCAGCUGGCCAGGGCAGAGGAUGGCCACACUGUGGCCAAAAAGCAGCUGGAGAAGGAGACUCUAAUGCGCGUGGACCUGGAGAACCGCUACCAGAGCCUGCAGGAGGAGCUUGACUUCCGCAAGAACGUGUUUGAGGAGGAGGUGCGAGAGACGCGGCGGCGGCAUGAGCACCAGCUGGUGGAGGUGGACAGCAGCCGGCAGCAGGAAUAUGACUUCAAGAUGGCGCAGGCGCUGGAGGAGCUGCGCAGUCAGCAUGACGAGCAAGUGCGGCUGUACCGCCGGGAGCUGGAGCAGACCUAUCAGGCCAAGCUGGAGAACGCCAAGCUGAGCUCCGAGCAGAACGACAAGGCAGCCAGCGCGGCCCGUGAGGAGCUGAAGGAGGCCCGAGUGCGGGUCGAGUCCCUCAGCUACCAGCUGUCCGGGCUCCAGAAGCAGGCCAGUGCUGCUGAGGACCGCAUUCGGGAACUGGAGGACACCAUGGCCGGGGAGCGGGAAAGAUUUCGGAAGAUGCUGGACGCCAAGGAGCGGGAGAUGACGGAGAUGCGGGAUGUGAUGCAGCAGCAACUGGCUGAGUACCAGGAGCUGCUGGACGUAAAGCUGGCCCUGGACAUGGAGAUCAACGCCUACCGCAAACUCCUGGAGGGAGAGGAGGAGAGGUUGAAGCUGUCUCCCAGCCCAUCCUCCAGGGUGACCAUCUCCCGAGCUACCUCGAGCAGCAGCGGUAGCAGCGUGUCGGCCGGGGGGCGCCCGGGUCGCAGCAAGCGGAAGCGGCUGGAGGCGGAAGAGGUGCUGGGCUCGGCCUCCACCGGCCUUGCCCUGGGUGGCGGUGGCGGUGGUGGUGGUGGCGGCGGCGGCGGUAGCUUCCAGCUAUCCCAGCAGGCGUCCUCCACGGGCAGUGUCAGCAUUGAGGAGAUCGACGUGGAGGGCAAGUGUGUGCGUUUGAAGAACAACUCGAACAAGGACCAGCCUCUGGGGAACUGGAGGAUCAAGAGGCAGGUGGCGGAAGGGGAGGAAAUCGCCUACAAGUUCACGCCCAAGUAUGUCCUGCGGGCUGGACAGACGGUCACGGUGUGGGCAGCAGGGGCGGGGGUGGCCCACAGCCCCCCUGCCACACUUGUGUGGAAGAGCCAGGGCAGUUGGGGCACGGGCGAGAGCUUCCGGACCGUCCUGGUCAAUGCCGACGGAGAGGAGGUGGCCAUAAGAGCCGUGACCCAGUCGUCAGUGGUGCGGGACACCGAGAACGGGGAGGAAGAGGAGGAGGAAGAGGCCGAGUUCGGGGAGGAGGAUCUUUUCCAUCAGCAGGGGGACCCACGGACCACCUCAAGGGGCUGCCGCGUGAUGUGA